GAUACCAUCGAGAAUGCGGGCUGGACACCACCAGCACCAUCCGCACCACCAGGCUUGUCCCAAGGCAACAAGCCCACGGCUAAGGCACCGCGAGACACCACUCGUGGAGGCAAAGGCAAAGGCAAAGGACGGCCAGCGGCUUCGCAAGACAGCGAACAACCCGAUGAAGCACAAGAAGCGCUGAGAGCCCUUUUUGCCACCGCUGCAGACGAUCAAAAGGAGCUUCUGCUCAAGCUUGGGUUUGAGGCCCCCCAGGAGGCCGCGCCAGAUCUCACCGAGCUUCUCAAGAAGCACAUCGCGCAGCUGCCACCAGCGGUUCGGGCGGCAGUGGAGGAGCCACCCCCCGAGCCCCUUUCCGCGCAGGAACAGCUCACAGACACGUCACGCAAGUACAAAGACGCCACUACCGAGCUGAGGCUAUUGAUCACGCGCAAGUCAGCUUUGCAACUCAAGUUGGAUAAGCAUAAGAAGGCUUACAACGACAUGUUGCGGGACAUGCAAGCCCUCGAUGCCUCGCUUAAGGAAAAGCAAGACACCGUGACGGGUCUCCAGACCGAGCUUCAGUCUUCGGUUGAAGCGGCUAUCGCGCCGGGGGGGGGGCCUGAUAUCGAGGCGGAAUUCUUCAAGCACCUCGCCCAGCUCAGCGAUGACCACCUGCAGGACAUCAAGGAAAGGCUGUGCCUCACGAUCGACGAUGCAGCCAAACGCCGCAAAGUAACCAAUGCUACCGUCCCAGACGCAGACAUGAGGAAGCCUCCCCCCACAGCCCUCAUACCUGCCGACAGUGUGGAGGAGGCCUCCCCUGUUUACAGAAAGGCAUCGGGGACCAUGGGUGUUUGCCACACCACAGGUCCUGCCUACCGAGAUUACAGCAACUGCACAGACUUUGACCGCCCCGACGAAGCACCACAGGCCAACCAGGAUUUGGAGCCCGCUAGCCCGAUGGCCAUAGCGAGUGCUGGGCACAACACUGGCACACAAAGCACGUGGACUUCAAUUUCACAGACCCGCGGGCCACCGGGCCAGUGCGGACCGACCACGAGGAGCAAACCAAAGAGCCUGAAGACCAAGCGCCGCCGCAGACGUCAGGAAAGGGAGCAUAGCAUCCCGCAGAUACACGAUCUAGCGGCCCUCCUCCGAUCGCACUCUGUCGAGCGCCCAGCCGUUCAUCAAGCCGCCAUAGACCUGGCGGAAUGGGUCGAGUCAGAACGGAUGCCGGAAGAGUCGUUGGAAAGCCAGGUAGCAUGGUGUGUUCUUGAACACUGUUCUGGCACUCCUGGCCCACUUGACACGCACACGCUGGCGGCUUUCCUGGAUGGAGCCGAAGAAGCGUACAGCCCUGAGCAAGGAGAGCCCCUCCAAUUAGCUGUCGCUAAUGUCACUAAGUGGCGCCCGGACAUUCUUCGGUGGUUCCAGCAAACGAAGGCCAGCUGCUUUCUUGGCCAGGAGACUCACCUCAAUAGUGAGCAAACGCAACAGGCCAGGGCCAGUCUGGCCGGAGUGGGCUUGCACUCUUUCUGGGCUGGAGCCACAGAAGGCAAGCAAUCCAAAGGCGGGAUUGUGGUUGCCACGCCCUGGCAGUCGCACCCCAGACUGGUGCAGGAACGCACGGUCGAAGGCUGCGGCUACCUUGCGGUGGAACUACCCCGCGUCAAGUGGCGUUUGGUGGUAAUCACAGUCUACCUCAAGGCCGGCACAGGGCUCCAUGUCGAGCCCAACGCCAGCUUGUUGGCCGACUUAAUGGCUCUCACCAAAACGCUCCCCAACUGGGUUGCAGCAGGGGACUGGAAUGUUGACGUUGAUAAGUUUGCCAGCACCAACAUCAACACCACCCUCGGAGCCGAGAUCAUUGCGGAUAAGGCAGCUGCCAUCAGCACAGGCAACACACUCGAUUUUGUUCUUGCCAGUCGCUCGGUGGCUCCGAUGCUCACCCUUACAGUUGAUAAGGCGGUCCCUUUUGCCCCGCACUUCGCUCUGAACCUCACGCUCAACUUAGAACACGGCAUGUGCCACCUACCUACUCUGCCUGCCUUCCCUGGCCCACCUGGGCCGUACGACACCAAGGUUGUGCAGAACUACGAUCAGGACAUUGCAGGCUCGGCGCCGGAGAAUGGGGUUGCCCCUCCCGGCGCCAGCUGCGCUGCCCCACAGGAUCAACACCGCCUCCUCAACGGAGAUACCCUCGACAUCGGAGGGGUGAAACUGGACAACAGUGGCACCACUGCGGCGUUUGCGGCCCUUUCCACCAGUGUUGAGCGCAGCGUCUUUAACGCUGUGCACGGCCGAGGGGUUGCAAGGCCCGUUGCCUACCAACCCCUGCUCAGGGAUGACAGAGCCCCGCAAAGGUGGCACGGCAAACAACUAGCCUUCCUCACGCAGACCUUGCAGGCUCUCAAACAGUGCCGGCCCCUGGCCCCGCUACCCUCUGAGGUGCACAAGCUUGCCCUUGGGUACAUAGAGGAACUUGGGCCUGAACAGGAAGCCCCGGCAUGGCUAGCGACGCUUGGUGUGAUUGCAGGGGAAGCCUCGCCACCCAGUGCCGAUCUCUCCAAGGUGCAGCUGGAGACCGCCAUCGCCCUGUUGACCAACGACGAGGCUCAAGAACGCCUUCAGGUCCAAAGGAGUCAACGCGAGGACUAUGACUUGCAGCACCGCGCCAGAGCGCAGGCCCGCACGCUUCAACCUCUUACAGGGGCCCAAGUUGCCAAGGCCCUCCGCCGCAUUCCACUGAAAGCCCCAGGCCCUGACGGUUGGACGCCCCACCUUGCCCGCGCCCUGAGUGACCACCAGUAUCAGCUCCUAGCUGACAUCAUGAGGCAGGCAGAGUUGGAAGGCAGUUUCCCGGAGCAGUGGUGCAUUUCCUUGGUGGUGUUGCUUCCAAAGAACAAAGAAAUCGAAAGGCCAAUAGCUUUGAUGCAUAUACUUCUCAAAUCUUGGAUGAAGCUGCGGUGGCCGCUUCUUGACCAUUGGCUGAACACAUUCGCUCCCAAGGCGUGGUGGGAUUCGUGUGGACCUGGGCACUCCUGCUUGGACAUUGCAGUCAGAAGACUCAUUCAGUAUGAGUGUACCCAAACCCGGAACGAACACCGGAUCACGCUUUACCUGGACCUCAGUUGCUUCUACGAGACCAUAAGCCACUCCAGGCUCCUCGCGCAUGCUGAAGAGGUUUCGUUUCCUCCGCUCCUCUUGUGGGGCGCCCUCUGCGCGUACAGAGGACCUCGACUACUCUCGGCUGAUGGCCUCGUUGGGCCUCCUGCUUACGCCAGUCGAGGCGUCUUAGCAGGCUGCCCUGCGGCAGUUGCACUCAGCAAGGUUGCCCUCUGGCCAGCUUGCUCCCAAGUGCUCAACCAGAAAGCUGUCGACACAGCGGAUACCUGGGUCGACGAUCUUUCUGUGGACUUCUGUGGCAACAACCCUCAACAAGUCGCAGCUAAGGGCUUGCGCGUGGCAAGGGCCUUGUUUCAGGCUCUAAGUGACGAGGGGCUGCAG